GGUGUCUUAAACAAUUACGAUCUAUCCUCAUUGGUGACUGCGCUGGGUCCUCAGGUCAACGAGCGCACGGGGACAAUACCAUUCAUGGCGCUUGAUCUUCUCAGCAAAAAGGGCCAACGAGGCGAAGUCAAACAUCUGUAUCGUCAUGAUCUA